AUGGCACGCCCAACAUUAUACAAAACUCAUCAGGCUAGACUACAAGCAGCGAGAGAAAAGUGCCGUCGUCAUUAUCAAAAGUUUCGAGAGUCUAUCCUGGCCAAGAGGCGUCAGUCACGCAAAGAAAAAAAAUCUCAAGGCAAUGAACCUUCAGACGACGAAGAUGAACCAAUCGAAACCUUACAUGACUGCAUUGCUACAGUUAAGUACGCCAAGGAUGACUUCAUGGCCUAUGUGAAAAGUCCACGACGAUUCUUCGACCUCCUCGUGGAUGAGUACUCCAAAACGAUGCCUGACCCCGAGUUACACCCUACCGUGAAUGGAGACAAGUCUAUAUUCGAGCGCGCUAUCACACGCUUGGAAGACUUCCUCGACCAAGCUAAUCGCGGGCUUGAUGGUAUCCUUCAGAUGUGUGGUGUGAGUGAUGAGUGGCGUGCUGCGGAUGGUGUCUGCAGGUUCAUGAGGGAGAUGAUAGGGAUGAUCGAAGACAUCUUGUUGCGUCUGGCGGAGGGCGGAGACAGUGAACUAUCAAUCGCUUUCAUGGGGAAUGAGUUGUGGUACCAGGAGUACAAAUUCCCCGUCUAG